AUGCCUGGCAGCACAUUAGCAUUAGCGAUACAGCUGGAUCCUCGAGUUCAGAAACAGGAGAUUGUUCGUGUAACACAGCAACUAUUGGACGCUAUUUCAUGUAAAGAUUACGAGUCCUACUCAAGACUCUGUGACCCAUCGAUGACAUGUUUUGAGCCAGAAGCACUUGGUAAUCUAAUUGAAGGAAUGGAUUUCCACAAAUUUUAUUUUGAUAAUAAUAGCGGAACACGCGGGCCAAAAAUCCAUACGACAUUGCUCAAUCCGAAUGUGCACCUAAUGGGUGAUGAAGGCGCAUGUAUCGCUUACAUUCGUUUAACGCAGUUCAUUGAUAAGAAUGGUGAUGCCCGAUCAAGGCAGGCACAAGAAACACGCGUGUGGCAUAAACGUAAUGGACGAGGUUGGGUAUGCGUUCAUGUUCAUCGGACCGGUGCACCAUCUUCCGUAACUACAGCUGACUGUCAUUUCUAG